UUGGCGUUCCAGACCAGAGAUGAUGAAACUACUGCUGAUCUUCCUGGCCUCGCUCUGUGCGGGACAUGCUGGGAAAAAAGAGUGCUCAGAGAAGCUUUUUGUCUUCCCAGUGAGCAGUAAUGACUCUUUUGCCAAGAUUAUUGUCACUUUGGAGAAGCCCCUCACUGCUGCAACCAUGUGCAUGAGGUACUUCUCUUCGCUCACCCGAGCCCAGUCCCUGUUCUCCCUGGCCAGCCUGGAUCACCCUAACGCCUUCCUACUCUUCAAGCCCUCUGUUGGUGUGUACCAACUGCAAAUCAACGGGGAGUCUCUUGAGGUCUCUGGGCUCCAUGAUGAAACUGAUGAUUGGAACUCUGUCUGUUGGACAUGGGACUCCAAGAAGGGCUUGAACACACUGUGGGUCAACAGAAAGAGAAGUGGUCGGAUAAUUCUGGGAGCCAAUGCAUCCAUUACUGGUCGUCCCAGCAUCAUUUUGGGUCAAGAUCAGGAUAACUACGGGGGAGGCUUUGACAAGGCUGAGUCCUUCGUUGGGGACAUCACGGACGUCCACCUGUGGAGCAGCGCCAUCUCUCCAUGUGAAAUCAGUCUCUACAUGAAAGGUUGCGACUUCACCCCUGGAAACCUUCUGAACUGGAGGUAUCCGUUCCUUUUCACCGCCGGGUCCGUGUACGAGGAGCAGAGUGACUUUGUCAAACUGACGUGUUUCUUUUGAUAACAGGUAUCAGGAUGCAAAGUUCAACCAAACCAGUGGAGAAAAUGUAUCAGUCUUGAAGACCUUGUUUAGAAAAUAAUAAAGUCUUCCAGCAACUUUGAACAUUAAA